AUGAACUGUUAAGAAUAUAUUCGCUAUUCUGACAUUUUGGAUGGAAAGUAUGAGAUUGAUUAAUUGGAAUCCAUCCACAAAACUGAGAAGUAUCGAUCCACAACUACAGUUCAAACCAAUCAAUACAAAAACUUAAUAGAAGACUUAAUUCAAGCUCAAAGCAAAUGUGCUGAUAAUAUCUAUCAAUUGGGUUACAUGAUCAAUUCACAAUCAAGCAAGAGAUUAACUUAAUCUGAAUUUUCAACUCCUAAGCUCAAUAUGUCACAAGUCUCUCAAUUUUCACAAUACUAAACUCCAAGCAAAUCCAAUCAAAAUAUCACUCCUUCUCCUUAAUUAUUUAAUCAGUUGAAUAAUGAAAAUCUUUUGGAUCAAAUCGAAAAAUUAAUCAAGAUUAAGAAAUUGGACUAAUCCAUACUCUUACGGAUCAUAAGAAAACAUAUGGCUAAUUGCCCGUAUUUCGUAUAACUAGUCAAGCAAGAGUUUCGUAAUAGUAUUAAUACUUUACAGUGAUAUAUACUUUGAAAUCAUUAAUUAUUAUUAUUUA